AUGAGUUCUGAAUUUGAAAAAGAUCACAUCAAAAAGCUGCAGGAGCAGCGUAUGUCCAUGCAGAAGAAAACCUUCACCAACUGGAUGAACAACAUCUUCUUAAGGAAUAAUGUAAAGAUUGAGAUAGAAGAUAUUUACACAGACUUGAAGGAUGGCAUCUCCCUUAUGCAACUUCUGGAGCUGCUCUCUGGAGAAGCUUUGCCCAGACCAAACAGGGGAAAAAUGAGAGUGCAUUUCUUAGAAAACAACAGCAAAGCCAUCACGUUUCUGAAAUCCAAGCAGGUACAGGUAAAAGUGAUUGGUCCUGAGAAUAUUGUAGAUGGUGAUAGAACCUUAAUCCUGGGACUUAUCUGGAUCAUUAUACUUCGAUUUCAGAUUUCAUCUAUCAAACUUGAUAAGGAAGAGUUUGGAGGCAGAGCUGAUGUUCUAUUUGCCAAUGAAGCCUUACUCCUCUGGUGCCAGCAUAAAACUGCCAGCUAUUCCAAUGUGAAUGUGAAGGACUUCUCCAAAAGCUGGAGUGAUGGGCUGGCCUUCAAUGCCCUCAUACACGCUCACAGGCCUGAUCUUAUCCACUAUAGCUCACUGCGGCAGGACCAGCCCAUCAAAAACCUGAACAAUGCCUUCAACGUUGCUGAGAAAGAGCUGGGAAUCAGCAGACUGCUUGAUGCUGAGGAUGUGGCAGUCCCCUACCCAGAUGAGAGAUCCAUCAUGACUUAUGUGUCCCUCUAUUACCACUACUUCUCCAGACUGAAGCAAGGCCAGACAAUCCAAAAGCGACUUGCCAAAAUCGUGUUCUUCCUGAAGGAGAUAGAUGACUUGAAGCUUCUCUAUGAGCAGAUGGUCUCUGACCUCCUGAAAUGGAUUAAACAGAAGGUGGUGGAACUGGAUGACCGUCAGUUCCCCAACUCUCUUCAGGAAAUGUGGCUGCUCAUGGCCAACUUCAAGACCUUCCGCACCGGGGAGAAACCCUUCAAAUAUCAAGAGAAAGGCAUGAUUGAAGCUCAUCUCUUCAGCAUCAGGACCAAGCAGAGAGCCAACAACCAACGGCCGUACUUGCCCCCAGAAGGGAGGACACUGCAGGAUGUGGAAAAGCACUGGAUUACCCUGGAAAAGGCAGAGCACAACCGGGGAAAAGCACUGCAGAAGGAGAUGCUGAGGCUAGAAAAGCUGGAACAGCUGGCCCAGAGGUUCCUGAAGAAGGCAGCCCUGCGUGAGUCCUACCUGGAAGACAUGAGGAAGGUGAUAGGGAAGCAGGACUUCUGGCCAGAGAGCGCAGACAGGAUGGAGGCUGCCAACAAGAAGCUGGAAGCCAUUGUGGCAGAUGUGCUCCCCAGGAGGGAACGCUUCACAGCUUUGGAUGAAAUGGCCACAGUCAUCAGCCAGGAGAACUAUCAUGGCAAAGACCAAAUUGUGAAGAAGCAAAAGAGCAUUUCAAACCAAUGGCAGGAUCUUCUGGAUCAGCUGCAGAGACGACAACGCUCCCUGGGUACCAUGCAGGAGAUUCUGGGCCUGCUGAGGGAUGUUGAUGCCAUCACAGAAGAGCUGAAAGAGCUGCAGGUGCUAGUGAAUUCCCAGGACUGUGGGAAGCAGCUCCUGGAAGUAGUAGAUUUGCUGCAGAAGCACAACUUGGUUGACUCGCAGAUCUCUUCCUAUGGUGACAGACUGACACACAUCACCCAGAGGACAGCAGAGAUCAGCAAGGACAGCACAGCUAAACCAGAAGUGCUUUAUGCCAAAGUUCAGAUGCUUCGUCAGCUGUAUCAGAACCUUACAGCUCUGAGCAAGUCACGAAAAAAUCAGCUAGAAGAGGCUUUGAAGCUUUUUGAAUUCUUCCGGGACUGCAAAGAGGAAGAAUCGUGGAUCUCUGAGAAAUGGAAGCUAGCAAGAACAACAACAUUAGGGAAGGAUGUCAGCCAGAUUAUGGCCUCUAUUCAGAAAAACAAGGCUCUCGAAGCAGAGUGCAAUUCCCAUAGGGCCGUAUGUGCAGAUGUGAUGAGGAGGGGCUUGGAGCUGAGCCAGAAGAACCCUGUUCACCAAGAGGACAUUCUGAGGCAGACAGACAACCUUCAGAUGUUGUGGCAGCAGCUCCAGGAAGAGGUGGCUGAUCGCAAAAGCCGCCUACAGGCAGCAGCUCUCAUCAAACAGUACUUUGCUGACAUCGAUGAAGCAAACUCAUGGUUGCAAGAAAUACAACCUCUUCUGGCCAGCAAGGACUAUGGGAAGGACGAGUCGAGCGCCGAGGCGCUGUUGCACCGUCACUUGCGCCUGGAGAAGGAGAUUGCAGCCUACUCCUCCGAGAUGAGGCGCCUCAAAGAGCAGGCUGACAUUGCAGCAGGGCAGGCUCCAGCUGCAAUGGUGAAGAUGGAAACUCCAAGUGGCAUCAAUCAGAAGACAACUAAGCUAUCAUUCCGUCGAACCCGGCCAACAUUUGAAAAUGCAUCCUCUGGAAACUCCAGUCCAGAUGUUCAUUUUCUUCCAGAGAACAUCUGGAAGGCCCAAGAUGAAAUAGAUUCACUUUAUGAAAAUCUACAGAGCAUGGCUGAGGAGAGAAGAAAGGCUCUGGAGGAGAUGAUUGGGUAUUACCGCUUCUGUAGCUCCUGUGAAGAAUUUCAGUCAUGGAUGAAAGAGAAAGAGAACAUCUUCCGGACUCUUCAGCCUCAAGCAGACAACGUGGAGGUUAUGCAGCAGAAAUAUCAGAGCUUUUUAAUGGAACUGGCUGCAGGCAAAGGCCACCUGGGAGAUAUUGAACACUUAGCUGUUAAAUAUGGAAAGAGCAGUCCCAGCAAAUAUUCUAAGAUUCAAAUUUGGCUGGAGGAGAUCAACAGCAGGUGGGAACUCAUGGAAACCCUGAAGGAAGAGAAGGGCUCUGAGCUGAUUGGAGUGGCUGACGUGAGGACAUUUCUGCAGGACUGUCAGAGCAUAGGAGUACUACUGCAAGACAAGAUGUUGCAGCUCAGGGAUCUGGAACCAGGGAACUCACCUGCUGGGCUGGAGUCGGACAAGCGCAAACUGUCUGCAGUUGAGAGAGAGGUCCUGCUGAUAGAGAGGAGAAUUGAAUACUUGAGGAGCGUUGCAAUAUCGAUUAGGGACACUAACCCUGCAGAGAGCAGGGCCAUCACUGAGCAGGUGGAGAACAUGGAGAGGCUUCUGGCAAAGCUUAAGCUGGAGACCCAAAAGAAGCAGGACAUUCUGCAAAGGGCCCAAAAUCAACAGUCCUUCCUGCAAGACAGCCGCAGGCUCCUGCUGUGGGCAGAAAGCAUUCGGGAGAAACUGAGCAGUGAGGAAAUGGGUGUGGAUGUGGCUUCUGCAGAACAACUGCUGAAGGAACAUCAGGACCUGCUGAAAGAAAUUAGAGCUCAGAAAGAAAGAUUUGUGCAGCUGGAAGAGCUGGGGCGCAAAGUGAUCCACGAACAACUCAGUAACAGCAGGACUGUAGAUGUCCACCAGUCCAUGGAGAGGCUUGCUGUGGAGAACAAAGAGCUGGAGAAACUGUGGGAACAGCGACAGAAAAAGCUGCAGGAUGGCCUGAAAUUGCAGAAAUUCUACAGGGAAGGAGACCGUAUCAAUGCAGCCCUCUCUGGCCACGAGGCCUUUCUCCGGGGGGAUGACCUUGGGGAUCAUGUAGAUGCUGUUCGAAGCCUGCUGAAGCAGCAUCAGGAAUUUGAACAGCUGCUGGUGGUGCUGAAGAGAAGAGUUGAAGCACUUAAUGAAAACGGGGUGAACCUGAUAGAGAGCAGGCACUUUGCAUCUCGUGUCAUUGAGGAGAGAAUGGUCACUCUCCGGCGAAGGUGGGAGUGGCUGAUACAAAGCAAUGCCAAGAGAAGACAGAGGUUGCUGGAUUCCCUACAGCUGCAGGAGUUUAAUCGUGAUGCUGCUGAGCUUUUGAUAUGGAUGGAAGAGAAGUAUAAGAUUGCAUCAGAUGAAUCCUAUCGCGAUCCAACGAAUGUUCUGCGCAAACUGAAGUGGCAUGAGGCUGCUGAGAAGGAAAUGAUGGCCAAUGAGGAGCACUUUGCAACACUGAUAAAGAAAGGAAAUCAACUGAUUCAAGAUCGCCAUUAUGCUGCAGUUUCUAUCAAAGAGAAGAUGUCAGAGCUUCAAAAGAAGUGGAAGGAAUUGUAUGGCAAGAUGAUAGAGCGAGGUGACAAGCUGAGACAAGCUGGCCAGCAAGAACAGCUCAUGGAACUGCUCCAGGAUGCCAAAAAGAAGAUAGAGAAAAUUGAGAAAGUUCUUCAGGAAUCUGAGACAGGCCACGAUUUGCGCUCCAGCCGUGACCUCCUGAAGCAGCACAGACAACUGGAACAUGAGACACGUGAGCUGGCAGAGAAAAUGAACUCCAUUGUAUCUCAUGCAAGGAAAAUGGCCACCAAUCACUUUGACUCCCAGAGGAUUCUGGAUGAAACACAGAAAUACCUGAAAAGGUUUGAGUCUUUGCAAGCACCUCUCAAUGAGAGGCGUAAGCUGCUGGAAGCUGCAGUGGAUCUUUAUGAGUUCUACCAUUAUCAUGACAUGGAACUGAACUGGAUUAAUGAGCGACUGCCUAUUGCCCAUUCCACCAAUUGUGGGAAGUCCUUGGAUGUGGCUCAAAGCCUGUUGCAAAAACACAAG